GCCCCCCCUGUGAUUGUGAUUGUGAUUGUGAUUGUGCCUCUGUGAGCAACACGGAACCAAAACCUCCCAUAUACUCUAAAUCGCUCGCCAUUUGGGCGGGCCGGCGCUUCCCUUGCCCCCCGCUCGUCGCCGACCCGCCCCGCCCCGCCCGGCCGCGCCGCGCCGCGCGAGAAUAGGUGGUUGGUUUGUCGGUUCACGGGGCCGAGGGGAGCCGCAAUGCCGGAGGCGGCGGGCCCGGAUCCGCCGGGCGAGGACGCGGAGCAGGAGGAGGAGUUCUACGAGUCGCUGGAUCGGAUCCUCUCCUCCUCCUGCUCCUCCACCUCCGCCUCCGACGACGACGCCGACCACCGCCGCCGCAGGCGCUCCCACCGCCACCUGCAGCCUCCGCCCCCGCCCGCCCCCGUCCCCUCCGCCUACGACGUCUGGAUCUCCGAGCCCACCUCCGUCGAGGAGCGCCGCCGCCUCCUGCUCCAGCGCCUCGGCCUCUCCUCCGACCCAGCGCAGCCUCCCUCGCCGCGCCGCUCGCCUCGUUCGCCGUCCCCUCCAGCGUCUCCCCCGGCCUCGCCUCCGCCGCGGCCGGAGCCGCCCGCCGAGGAGCCCAGAUCCGGGGGCCUCGGGAAGCCGCCGCUGGCGCGGAACCCCAGCUCCAGCGGCGGGGAGCAAUGCCGGAUCCGGAACCUCGACGACGGCACCGAGUUCGAGGUCGGGGAGGUGCACGAGGAGGUGGUCCGGGAGGUGGGCACCGGCCGCCAGCUCACCCUCGAGGAGUUCGACCUCUGCGUCGGCCGCUCCCCGAUCGUGCACGAGCUCAUGAAGCGGACGACGACCGCCGCGUCCUCGUCCGCCUCCGAUCAUGCCGCCCCCGCGUCCAAGCCCCGGAGGAAGCCUGGGGGAGGGUGGCUGCGCGGCAUCAGGCAGCUGGCUGGCAGUGUCGCGUACGGCCGCCGCAGCACCGAAGAGGGGGACAAGGAGAAGGAGAGGGAAGCGCGCCGCCUGAGCUCCGCCACCGACGACAGCCUUGACGGCGCCGGCUCGCGAAAUGCGGGAAGGGUCCGGGUGCGCCAGUACGGCAAGGCGUGCAAGGAGCUCACCGGGCUGUUCAUGACGCAGGAAUUGGCUGCCCACUCGGGCUCCGUGUGGUGCAUCAACUUCAGCCUGGAUGGACGAUACCUUGCAACUGCUGGAGAGGACCGUGUCAUCCAUGUGUGGGAGGUGUCGGAGGGAGAGAGAGAGGGUGAGUUGCUUGGGGAAGCUUCGGUGACAAAGGAGAAUGGCGGUGGCUGCAGCCCGUUUCUUGCAGUUGUUGGGAAUGAUUCACCGGAGAUCGCUGCAUUGUCACUGACCUGUGCUGAUGGAGGCUAUGUGGAGAAGAAGAGGAGGCCGAGGAAGCAGAGCAAUCGAAAGUCUGUAGGUUCUGAUCAUCUAGUUGUGCCGGAGUGCGUCUUUGGCUUCAGAGAUAAGCCAGUUUGCUCGCUCCUGGGGCAUGCUGCUGACGUCCUUGACCUCUCAUGGUCCAAAUCUCAGUACCUGAUCUCGUCAUCCAUGGACAAAACCGUUAAACUUUGGGACAUCACUACCAGUACCUGUUUGAAAACAUUCUCACAUACAGACUACGUAACUUGCAUCCAGUUCAAUCCUGUAGAUGAUAACUUCUUCAUUAGUGGAUCACUCGAUGAGAAAGUUCGCAUCUGGAACGUCCGAGAUCGUAAGAUUGAGGAUUGGAAUGAUCUUCAUGAGAUGGUUACCGCUGCUUGUUAUUCCCCUGAUGGACAGGUUGCUCUGGUGGGCUCUCACAAGGGAGGCUGUCAUAUAUUUGAUACAUCUGAGAAGAAGCUUCAGUAUAAAAGUCACAUAGAUUUAAGAAUUAGAAAAAAGAAGUCUGGACAGAAGAAGAUCACUGGCUUCCAGUUUGCUCCUGGAAGCUCCUUGGAAGUUCUGAUUACCUCUGCAGAUUCAAGAAUACGGGUUGUUAAUGGGGAUGAAUUGGUUCACAAGUUUAAAGGGUUUCGAAACACAAGUAGCCAAAUCUCAGCUUCUGUAGCUCCGAACGGGAAAUAUGUCAUCUGUGCCAGUGAGGAUUCUCACGUCUAUGUAUGGAGACAUGACAACAGUUCCCACCCCAGCAGAAGCAGGAGUACAGUCGAUGUAACCAACUCAUAUGAACAUUUCCACUGCCAUGGUGUGACCGUGGCUAUCACAUGGCCAGGUGCCGAAGCCCGAGGCUCAUUUGGAUCUCGCAGCAGCAGGCACAGUGAUUCAGAUGGAGCAGGGAACUCUGGCCGAGACGCCCCUGUAGAGAACACUGAGCACAAUUCUGAUUCAGCUGAUAACAGAGGCAAUGAGAGCCCAGUUUGUGAAGGUGCGGCAAGCAGAAGCGGCAGCAAGCAUCCAGGUGAUGGAGCAUCCACAUCCUGGCCUGACGAAAAAUUACCGUCUGCCAAGAGCAGCCCCGGUCACUGCUCCUCUGAUCUCUGCAUUGGAGCUAUGGAUGUUCAGCGCCGGUCCGCGUGGGGUUUGGUGAUUAUCACGGCCGGUCGUGGAGGUGAGAUCAGGGUGUUCCAGAAUUUUGGUUUCCCAGUUCAAGUGUAAAGCUAGCGUGAGACUAUCCCAGGGUUGUUUGGUUCUUUACUGUAUAGAUAUCGUUAGGUCGUCGAUAGUGUUACUGAAAUGUUGUUCCGAUUCCCUGUCUGGUGUCAAGAUUGUACUCCAAGAACCACACUAUCAUAUGGGUAACACUAUGUGUUGAUAAGAGGCUUUGUAUAAUUGUAUGGUUAGCACACAUUACCUCAAUGUGUUCAUAUGUUUGCUUUCUACCAUAUAUACAGUGAUUUAUUA